AUGAGUAUUAUUGCGAAUCCCGAUUGGCAAGGCAAACUUAAGUCGUCCAAGAACGAACGUCCUAACGAAGAACAAAUUAAAAUCAUUAAUAGAUUUAACCGGGAAGAAAUAUUCAACCACAAAUACGAUAUACAGAGUUUAUUCUCCAAAUUUUAUAAACUUGAUACCACGCCAGUUGAUCAAAUAGUGCCAAAAAGACAAGUAAACAGCUUCAUGAUACUUAGGACCGUCUUAGGAUUGGUAGCUGCUAAAAGAGGGAUUAAAAGAGAACUUGGAGACGGAACACAACAAAGUAAGAUAGCAGGGUUUAUUUGGGGAGGAGCAGAUCCUAGCGAGAAGAAAAGGUUUGAAGAAUUGUCUACGCAGUUCAAGGAAUUUCACAAAAUAUUUUUCCCUCAUUACGAAUAUAAACCGACACCAAAGGCUCAAGCUGCUGGUUGUACUUUCGUCGAUCCCAUUAUUUCAUCAAGUUAUUCACAGACCAUUCCUGUCGUUCCUUCUUCUCUUAUGUCUUACCAGGAUUCAGCUAUGUCUCCAACAAGUAUAGCGGAACAAUACAACAUGAUUAAUAAUAACGAAUUUGCCGCAACCGUCAUUAAAGGUUCUUCGUUUCAAAAUGAAUCUUCUUUUGCUCAAACCUUCCUUGAAGAUUCUUCGUUUCAAAAUGAAGCUGGAAUGGGAAAUAUUUAUUAUCAACAAUUUCCCUUUGCCGAAACCUUUCUUGAAGGAACUGCGUUUCAAAAUAAACAUAAAACAAUGGAAAAUGAUUGUUUUAAAUUUCCUAAUACCUCCUCCUUAAACGAGCAGUCUGAUUUUGACUUGCUUAACGGCUCUCCAGCGCCAUUUGAGCAACCUUACAUUAACUAUUUAAACAAUAAUAUCAAUAUGUCCUAA